AAAAAGCUUGUUUACUACGGUCCACCAUCUCGUGAAAUUGCAGGAAGGAAAGGUGAACAAAAACAAGAACAAGGAACAGCAUCAACAACAACAACAACAGUAGCAGAAACCGUUACUGUCAAACUUUCCAACAACAAUAACAACAAUAACUCUAAGCUAAGAGUCGGUUAUUGGGAGGAGGCUUAAUAUGGUGGCAUUUUUUAAUGCCUAUCCUUGGCAGUCCUUGAUAAUUCAUGAAUAUGAUGAAGACCCGUAGAGUCACAUGACAUUGUUGGUUCCUUGUUUUAGAAGAUAUAUAUGGAUACUCAUUCUUUAGUUAUAGAUGAUACUUCUGUUACUCUAUCAGAACAUCCCUUAGUCAUUGGUCAAGAGUUUCCAGAUGUGGAAACCUGCCGAAGAACAUUGAAAGAUAUUGCCAUAGCUAUGCAUUUUGAUCUUCGGAUAGUUAAGUCAGACCGCAGUCGUUUUAUAGCCAAGUGCUCCAAAGAAGGGUGUCCAUGGCGUGUCCAUGUAGCAAAAUGUCCUGGUGUUCCUACUUUUACUAUAAGAACCCUACAAGGAGAGCACACUUGUGAGGGUGUUCGCAACCUUCAUCAUCAGCAGGCAUCUGUAGGUUGGGUUGCAAGGUCUGUAGAAUCACGCAUUCGAGAUAAUCCACAAUACAAGCCAAGGGAAAUAUUGCAAGAUAUUCGUGAUCAGCACGGAGUUGCUGUUUCUUACAUGCAAGCUUGGCGAGGAAAGGAGCGAAGCAUGGCUGCACUUCAUGGAACAUUUGAAGAAGGUUACCGUCUUCUCCCUGCAUACUGUGAGCAAAUAAGGAAAACGAACCCCGGUAGCAUCGCAUCUGUUGGUGCCACCGGACAAGAAAAUUGUUUUCAGCGCCUGUUUAUUGCUUACCGUGCAUCAAUUUAUGGGUUUAUAAAUGCUUGUAGGCCUCUUUUAGAGCUUGACAGAGCACAUCUUAAAGGAAAAUAUCUAGGUACAAUACUUUGUGCUGCAGCUGUUGAUGCUGACGAGGCUUUGUUUCCUUUGGCUAUUGCUGUUGUUGAUAUUGAAAGCGAUGAAAACUGGAUGUGGUUUAUGUCUGAGUUACGGAAACUUCUUGGAGUAAACACCGACAACAUGCCUAGACUUACAAUACUAUCUGAAAGGCAUAGAGCCAUGGUGGAGGCAGUAGAAACACAUUUUCCUAGUGCUUCACACGGUUUUUGUCUGCGUUAUGUAAGCGAAAAUUUCCGCGAUACAUUUAAAAACACAAAGUUGGUGAACAUCUUUUGGAAUGCUGUUUAUGCCCUUACAGCUGCUGAAUUUGAAAGCAAAAUUACUGAGAUGAUAGAGAUUUCACAGGAUGUUAUAACAUGGUUUCAACACUUCCCUCCCUAUCUUUGGGCUGUGGCAUAUUUUGACGGUGUUCGAUACGGCCAUUUCACACUUGGGAUAACUGAAUUGUUGUACAAUUGGGCCCAAGAAUGUCACGAGCUCCCCAUUGUGCAGAUGAUGGAAUACAUCCGCCAGCAGAUGACAUCUUGGUUUAAUGAUCGACGAGAUGUGGGCAUGGAGUGGACUUCAAUUCUUGUACCAUCUGCUGAGAAGCGAAUUUCGGAAGCAAUAGCUGAUGCUCAUUGCUACCAAGUACUCCGAGCAAAUGAAGUUGAGUUUGAAAUUGUGUCAACUGAAAGAACCAAUAUUGUGGAUAUUCGAAGUCGUGAGUGCUCUUGUCGCCGAUGGCAGUUGUAUGGUUUACCUUGUGCUCAUGCUGCUGCUGCACUUAUUUCUUGUGGGCACAAUGCACAUAUGUUCGCCGAACCAUGUUUCACUGUACAAAGUUACAGAAUGGCCUAUUCACAGGUGAUAAAUCCUAUUCCGGACAAGAGUCAAUGGAGAGAGCAUGGAGAAGGGGCAGAAGGUGGAGGAGGUGCAAGGGUUGAUAUUGUAAUUCGCCCACCAAAGACUCGCCGACCUCCUGGAAGACCUAAAAAGAAGGUUCUGAGAGUAGAGAACUUUAAGCGUCCCAAAAGGGUUGUCCAAUGCGGUCGCUGCCAUAUGUUAGGACAUUCUCAAAAGAAAUGUACAAUGCCCAUUUGAAAGCAUUAGUUUACUUGUUAAAAUUCCAGCAACAUUAUAGCAAAUAGAAUGGAUGCUGUGUUUGUAAUGUAUUGUAAUUGUAAUUUAAAUUUAACUUUAAAAGUAUGCUGAUCCAGUCAUGGAAAAGUAAGGAUACAUUAGUUUCUCUCUA